AUUUAGUAUUGCCAUUAAUAGAAUAGUCUACGAGUGGCAUCUGCGUAUGUGUGUGGCUCGGAGGUCUCGAAAACGGCCGGACGUGCCACCCACUCGUGCGUGCGCUGCAUCAACCUUAUCGCCGCAGACCCGCAACUGUAACAGCUCCAUCCAGCCUACCCCAGUCCCAGCCCAAAACCAGCUUUGCUAUUGCACCACGCCGCUGCGACAUAUCUAUCCCGUACACUAUAAUACCACACUUCCGGCCGCCCUGUCUGACACCCCCCAUAAUGCAAGCCUUCGGUGAGGAAUGUCUCUUCGGCGCUCCGUCGCUUUUGCGACACAGACGCUCACUGUCACCGUAGUACCAAAGACCCGUCGAGUAAGAAAGACAUACACAUACAUUGUAUUGCAAGACAUUGGCUGACAACUGCGCAGCCCAAGUUCGAUCUACACCUCAAACUCAUCGACCUUA